GUGGCAUUAAUUUUAAUAUAUGUCUCCGUUUUUUUGACCAAAUCCUUGGUCAAAUAAAACGGGAAACAGAAAGCGACGGAUAAACAAGGCCGCGUAAGUCUGAGUUGACUCGUUCGAGUUGAGAAGCAAAGAAAGUCAAAAGGUCCAAAAAGCUUCAAUCUCCAUUUUCAACUGUUUCGAAGCUUCCUGAUACAAUCCCACUCCCUCGUCCCUCCUCCGUUUCCUCUCUACAAAAUCCUCUUUCAGAGCUUUGCCGCCAUAGCCAUUACCAGAUACUCAGCUCUUUUCUUCUUUGCCUUCAGAGGAUGAGAAACCAUUUCUUCAAGUCUUUAACGCCGUCGCAUUCUCCGGCCAGAACGACGCCGUCUCAUUCUCCGGCUACAUCUACGCCGUCUCGUUCCUCUGCACCAACGACGCCGUCGCAUGCCUUGUCUGAGUCUCUAAUGGAGGAGAAUAUCGACGUUGCGGAAAUCUUAAUUACGAAGUGGGACCAUACUACUUCGUCUUAUGCCGAUAUUACUCCUUUGUUCCAAGAAGAUCGUUACGAGGCUAAGCGGUACCUCAAAGCCGUUAAGGAUUUACAGACGGCGAUGAAGUAUUUUGGCUCUGAGCAUAUGAAAUCUCGCCAUCUUGUUCGCGCUCAGAAUCUGAUGCAGACUGCGAUGAAGAGGUUGCAGAGGGAGUUUCAUCGGAUUUUGUCUGAGAAUCGGGCGCAUCUGGAUCCGGAAUCGAUUUCGAAUCGGUCGUCUAGGGAUUCCGGUUUGACUGGUAACUCUGAUUUGGAGGAUGAGUCGGAGGACGAUUUGCGAUUUGCGAAUGAAGAUGUUACUGAAGAGGAGCGGAUUUCUAGAUCGGUUAUUGCGGAUUUGAAGUCGAUUGCGGAAGGUAUGAUUUCUGCUGGUUACAGUAAGGAAUGUGUGAAGAUUUACACUGUUACUAGGAAAUCGAUUGUUGAGGAAGGAUUGUACAAUCUCGGAGUUGCAAAGACGAGUUAUCAUCAUGUUCAUAGGAUGGAGUGGGAGGUUUUGGAAGUGAAGAUCAAGAAUUGGCUGAACGCUGUGAAAAUUGCUGUUAAAAAUUUCUUCGAACCAGAGAAAUUCCUUUGCGAUCAAGUUUUCUCGAUUUCUGAUAUGAUUAGGGAGUCUGUUUUCUCAGAAAUUACCAGAGAGAGCGCUCUGACUCUGUUUGGCUUCCCGGAAAUGGCGGUGAAAUCGAAGAAAACUCCGGAGAAAAUAUUCCUGAUUCUCAAUCUCUACGAAGUGAUCUUCGAUCUCUUGCCGGAAAUCGAAUCGAUGUUCUAUUGCGAAUCGACGUCCUCCAUCCGAUCUUUAAUCGACCAUUCGCUAACAAAAAUCGCCGAAAGCAUCCGCUCUAUGCUCGUCGAUUUCGAAUCUCACAUCCAGAAAGAUUCCUCCAAAACGCCAGUGCCGAGNAAAACCCAAAGAGGACAAUAUUUGAAAAAUCUAGCUGUUACAAAGUACAAAAAAAAUCCAAACAUGAGUGGAUUUAGUUCAUAA